AUGGCCGGGCGGUUCCCCUCGCGCGCGUUCGCGCGCGGGUUCAGCGCCGGCGGCGGCGUCCGGCGGCGACUCGGCGGCGGCGGCGGCGGGGCGGGGCCGAGGAGGGACGUCUCCCGAGCGGACGCGGCGAGUAACCGCGCCAUCUCGAGCGGCGCGUCGAACGGCGGAAAAAGCGGCGCGUCGUCGUCCUCCUCCUCCUCCCUCAAUGGCUUGCUCCAGCGCUACGCCGCGAUGAACGAGGCGCACCCGACGACGACGCGCGUCGGCACCGGCGUCGUGAUCCUGUGCGUCGGCGACGUCGCCGCGCAGAGGAUCCAGCACGAGGGCUCGCGCGACCGCGACUCGAAACCGUUCGCGAUCGACGCGCGACGCCUCGCCGCGUUCGCCUCGUUCGGCGCCAUCUACACGUCCUGGUUCCAGAUGCACUGGUUCCGCGCGCUCCAGCGGUGGUUCCCGCGGCGCAGCGUCAUGGCGUUGAGCACCGCGACGAAGCGCCCGUCGCUGAUUCGCGCCGACGUCCUCGCGCCGUUGCUGAUCAAUCAGUUCGUCGCCGUGCCGACGUUGUACUACCCGUUCUACUUCGCGUGGACCGGGUUCGUGCGAGGCUUCACCGCGGAGGAGUCGAUCGCGCUCGCGAGAGAGCGGUUCACGCCGCGGCUGCUGUGUCAGAACUGGGCGUUCUGGCUCCCCGCGCAGUUCGCGCAGUUCGCGGUGGUGCCGCCGGGGUACCACAUUCUCUACGUCAGCGGGAUGGGGUUAGCGUGGAACACGAUACUCUCGCUGAGGUGCGUUCUAUACACUGGUCCCCAUACGACCGCGUCGGCGUGGUGA